GGAAACCGGAAACACUCCUGCGCCCACUCCUUCCCACUGGAAGGGCCCUAGGACACCCAAUCCUUGCGCUACCGAGCGCAUUACAUCACUAGCCUCGUGCAGUACCGGCGCCCGCGCGUGUUCGCGCACCCCCUAACGAAGCCACCUUGCGUUGCUCGACCGGGAUCUAAUAUGCCAGUGAUAUCAGCGUACUCGUCUAGUGGCAGUAGUUACAUCUCAACGAGCCGGUACCCAAAGUCAAGCUACUCCGACCGAAAGUAUUACCCGUCGCUGUCGAGCAGUAUCAACAGCACCAGCAGCAGCAGCAGCAGCGGUGGCCUGUAUCGAAAGAGCUCGUACCGCUAUGAGCUACCGCUGUCGCCGGUCGCCUCGUCCUCUAGCUACUACACCCGAGAGAAUCGUGAUACGUACCGUGCCGGCGAAAGCAGUAGCCACAAGCAAGGAGCAGUGACUAACGGCGUAAGUGCUACUGCCACCAGCACAGCCAACAGCAGCAGCAACAGCAGCAGUGGGACCAACGCAACCUACAAUAAUAGUGCCGCGAUCACUACCACCCCCACUAGUAGUGCGUCCACCGCAUCGGCGACCAGCAGCAGCACCAGGACCGCGAACCGCUAUUCGUCGACCUACGGCUCAGGCUACGGCACACUUGGCAGCUCGUCGUACAGUCGAGACUACUCAUACACACGUGGUGUUACCAGUAGCAGCAGCAAUAGCUACGUCUCGAAUCUGCGCAAUACCGCACUGUGCGGGGCCGAGCUGUAUCAGCGCUACAGCCUUUCCACGUUUAAGCCUGCUCCGAGUAUCGUGUCCCGUGCCACGAGUGGUGGAGCCCCACAAUCCGUCAGCAGCCUCGCCACGAUACGAGGCUCGUCACCAAUCGUUCCUUCGCUGGACGGCACCAAGAUCACCAACAGCAACAGCAACAGCAACAGCAGCAGCAGCGGUGGCAAGGCGACGAUCAAGCUGCGCCCAUCGGCAUCAUCUCGCUCGGCGGCAGCGGCAGCGGCAGCAGUGGCGCCGGCGGCCACAUCGACAGCAGGCCUAGCAGCAGCUGCAGCAGCAGCAGUCGGAACAACCGCGCCGAACUCGAGCAGUGUCCCCAAUGGUGGUGGGGUCACGAGUGGCGCUAGCUAUGGUGGGGUGGCGUCGGUGGUGGUGGUGGGCUCCUCGAAACCGUCCACCCUAGCGACGGUUUCCGCUACGACCGAUGAUCUGCGGGGAGAGAGCAACAGCAGCAGCAUCAGCAGCAGCAGUAGGACAGGUGCAGACGGCGACUUCCACGUCACGGCCACUAUCCGCAUCAAACCCAAGGGCAUCGGUCUGGUGCACCGCGGCGGCGAUGACAGUAGCAGUAGAAAUGGCGGUGUUGGUGGCAACAGCAGUAGCAGCAGUAGCACUAGUCUUAACUUCAAGCAUCCUAAGGACAACGACGAGAGCAGCAAUCAGGCGAACAAUAACAUUCAAGUGACCAACCACCAAAUCCACGUGCCGGUGGUGGCCGGUGGCCCAACCUGCAGCAAAAAUGGAAACAACAACAAUAACAAUAAUAAUAAUAAUAAUAUCAACAACAAUAACAGCAGCAACAACAGCAGCUACGAUAAUGCAAACGGACUUAGCAAGAGUAGUAGCGACCGUAGCGGCGGCAGCAGCAGCAGCAGCAGCAACAACAGCAUUAGCGGCACUGUCACCAAGCCCACCCCCACCACAGCCACCACCACCACCACCACUACAACUACGAGCAGCGCCACGGCGACGGUAGGGAGUACCAAUAGUGCCAACAGCAGCACGCUUAAUGGACACGACGACUCCGUUGAAGAGAAACCGAAAGCAAACGAUGACGAUAGAGUAAGCUAUCUCCGGACGGGUAGUAGCUCGAAAGGGCUCACGUCGGCAUCGAACAGUUAUCGAAGCAGCAAGGACUACGAUGCCGCCUACCGCGUGCCUUCGUCGUCCACGAGUGGGUCGACGGCGUUGCAAAAGUCCAACUACGACACUGGCUACGAUACUACCGAUUCCGUGCGCGGGCGGAAGGAAGGUUUGUGUGGUUUGUGGAAUAUUGGCAACACGUGCUUCAUGAACUCCAUGAUCCAGUGCCUGAGUCACACCCGUGAGCUGACGGCGUUCCUGCGCAGCCAGUCAUCGAACGAGCGUGGCACUAACAAAGAUCAUCGGAUUCUAGCCGAGUAUACCAAGCUAAUUAAAGACAUGUGGAGUGGCUCGCAGCGUAGUGUGAACCCGUCGGAACUAAAGUACGCCUUCUCCAGCAAACACCGAAUGUACUCUGGUUCUGCCCAGCAGGACGCGCAGGAGUUUUUACGCUUCUUCCUGGACUCCCUGCACGGCGCGUUGAAUGCAGCCGUGAAGCGCGAUCCGCUUGGUGAACUCGAUGACGACAUGAGCAAUCGUUUCAAGGCGGAUAUGCUAUGGGAAUGGUACUCGAAGGCGGAAAACUCCGUUAUUAAAGACCUGUUUGUCGGGCAGCUACGUAGCACGCUCAAAUGUACGUACUGCAGCACCGAAAGCACAAUGUUCGAUCCCUUCUGGGAUCUGAGCCUACCGCUACCGACGUCCAAUUCACGGUUCAAGCUGGAGAAUUGCCUGGAAAUGUUCAUCAAGGAGGAGGUGCUCGACGGGAUCGAUCAACCGACCUGCUCCAAGUGUAACAUGCGACGAAAGUGCACCAAAAGCCUGACAAUAGAGCGGUUUCCAAAAUAUUUGGUUAUACAUUUGAAGCGUUUCUCCGAAACCAGGUGGAGCAAGCUAACCAACGUUAUAGAGUUUCCUACCGGCGAACGGGAGCUUAACUUGCAGCCAUAUGCGUCCGAGGAUCAUUCGGGACCAGUGACCUAUUCGCUAUACGGAAUUUCCAACCACAUGGGAUCCACUGCUGGCGGACAUUACAUUGCCGUCUGUAAACACCCCAUCACUAAGGAAUGGAAUGAGUUCAAUGACAACUUUGUCAGCGAAACAACGGAACGUAGUUUGGUGACGUCCAGUGCCUAUGUCUUGUUUUACGAGCGUGCCUAGAAUACUUGUUUGGAUACUGUGCAAAUUGUUAAAAAACGUGAUGAUUUCUGAAGGAAUUCUUCCCCUAUGGCAAAACGAGAGCUACCUGGCCGAAAUCCAGACAGGACUUCCGGCAGGCGUUCGUAUCUGUGUGAAUGAAACAAACUAACCAAAUACUAUAAAUACGUUUAGAGUCAUACAGGAGUAAGAGACUUAUAAAGAACAGGAAUGAAAAGUGAACGAAUACUCUAGAAAAGCUCUAGUACUCGUAGAGCGCUGGAAAGCAUAAUAAGGGCUAAACUUACAUUUACCCUAUUAUUUUCACCAACUAAAAUAUUCGCUAGGCGUCAGAUACAUGACAAACGAAUCUGUCUCUUCCUUAAAUAUUUGGCAGUAUCAGGAAUUGAAAACUAAGGACGUAGAAUAGAUUCAUUCAACAAAUUAUAAUCUAACCGACCGAGAGCAAAGAUGAAUGGGAGUUAACGAAUGAGAUAGAAAAUGAACAACGAAAACACACAGAGAGUGAAAACUAUUUUAAAUAUUCUUCUUGAGAAACGAGACGGUUAGGAGAGAUAGGGCAUAGAUUAUAAAUAACAGAAAACGAAAACAAAACCGCGGAACGAGAUACGAGAACAGGGUUUGUUAAAUUAUUUAUUUAUUUAUUUAUUUAUUUAAUUGUUUAUUAAUUUAUUCAGUCUUAUGAAAGAGUGAGGGCCAUCCAACGUACGAUGUAGCCGGACGCGAUCCGAUGUACUAACGCAAUGUUCAACACACCACGUUACGGUCUUUGGUACAGCCGACAACAGGCGUGCAGGCGUGGACAGUGUAAAGUUUAGAAUUAGCUAGGCCGUCGAGCUGAGUUGGUUAGCUGAACGUUAAAAUAGACACUCGCGCUGGAAGCAUCUUAAUGAAACGGACCAGAGAUCCGUUGCUGAAACAGACAAAUCAAUGACACACCUGGCAUGGCCAAGGUAGUAACAUCACGAUCGCAUGGGAUGGGAAAUGUGGCCCAGGGGGUUUGUUGUUAGCUAUUUACUUUCAUUAAUAUUAUUUUAAAUUAAGCCAAGAUUUACUUAACGCUGAUAUGGAACCAUGAUACACGACACGAUUAUGCCAAAAAUAUGUCUUUUUGUGGCUGUAAUGGGGUAGGUACCGGCGCCUCCUCCUUCUAAACACAUGCAAGUCAUACGGAACGGUAACAAUAUCCGAUUAUCCAAGACACACCUUGAGCGGAAGUGGACACAUGGUUGAGUUUAGAGGAGUCGGGAACAGAUGAUAACGUGGUUUCGUAAGGUUUGGGCGCAGGGCGACCUUAAUCACUACCGUCAACGUCACCGUUUGGCGCGGAAACAACCAACCCGCCCAGUAAAAACCCCGAACGGUUACAGAAUGCAACAAAGGGCAAAGAGACACCAAAACUAUUUUCUUUUGAAAUCUUAGAAGAACGGGCCGGGCCAAAAGUAUGUCUAGUGAAAAAUUCUCUACUAAACAGGAGAAUGUACGGCUGUACCUGCUACACAAUUUGUUGGGACAGUUAGCAACCAUUGUUAGGGUGUUUGUUUUUGUUCUUCCCACAAGCCACACACACCAAAUAAGCCAACCAGGGGGAAGGUAGACCCGUUCCUUCGGGCCCGUUCCAGAAUCGUAGCAAUAGCUAAGCAGACAC